CGUGCGGAGGAGGGGGGCGGCGGGAGGGGGGGAAGCGGCCGCGAGGGGGUUCCCCCGCCGGCUGGUCCGGCCGGCGGUGACGGACGAUGCUCCGGCUGGUGUCGCUGAAGUUGGGGCGGCUGUACCGCUACGUGAAGCUGGCGGUGCUGGGUAUCCUAGCGGCGGCGCUGGCCCUCAACUCGCCUUCGCUGCUGGCCUCGCUGCAGCGCAACGAGCUGGCCGAGCGGCGCUUCCUGCAGCUGAACAAGUGCCCGGCCUGCUGGGGCACCAGCUGGUGCCGCAAGUUCCUCAACGGGCAGCUGCGGCUGGAGAGCUGGGGCCGCCUGCGCCUCCUAGACUUCCUCAACGUCAAGAACGUCUACUUCGCGCGCUACGGGGAGCCCCGCGAGGGCAGCCGCCGGGUCGUCCUCAAGCGCCUGGGCUCCGCGCGGGAGCUCGCCGAUAUCGACGCCAAGAUCUGCCGGCGCGCCACCGGCAGGGGACGCUGCGACCUCCUCCAGGCCCUGCACGCCACCGAGUUCGCCAGCAUCAACGGAGACGUCCGGCUCCUCACCCCCGACGUCGUCGAGGGCUGGUCGGACCUCGUGCACUGCCCCUCGCAGCGCCUCCUCGACCGCCUCGUCCGGCGCUAUGCCGAGACCAAGGACUCGGGCAGCUUCCUGCUCCGCAACCUCAAGGAUUCCGAGCGCAUGCAGCUCCUCAUCACGCUGGCCUUCAACCCGGAGCCCCUCGUGCUUCAGAGUUUUCCCUCCGAUGAGGGCUGGCCGUUCGCAAAAUAUUUGGGUGCAUGUGGAAGAAUGGUGGCUGUAAACUAUGUGGGAGAAGAACUAUGGAGUUACUUCAGUUCCCCUUGGGAAAAACGAGUAGACCUGGCGUGGCAGUUAAUGGAAAUAGCAGAACAGCUGACGAACAAUGACUUUGAAUUUGCACUCUACCUCCUGGAUGUCAGCUUUGACAACUUUGCUGUAGGCCCUAGAGAUGGGAAGGUUAUCAUUGUGGAUGCUGAAAAUGUUUUGGUGGCAGAUAAAAGGUUAAUCAAACAAAAUAAACCUGAAAACUGGGAUGUAUGGUAUGAAAGCAAGUUUGAUGACUGUGAUAAGGAAGCUUGUCUCUCUUUCUCAAAGGAGAUUUUGUGUACUCGUGUCACUGUGGACCAUAAUUACUAUGCUAUUUGCCAGAACCUUUUAUCAAGACAUGCCACGUGGCGUGGCACUUCUGGAGGACUUCUUCAUGAUGCUCCAGCUGAAAUUGCCAAAGAUGGUCGACUUGAGGCCUUGCUGGAUGAGUGCGCCAAUCCAAAGAAGCGAUAUGGUAGAUUCCAAGCUGCGAAAGAACUACGUGAAUAUCUUGGACGUCUGAGUAACAAUGUGAGGUAGUUAAUGGUGGGUGGAUGGUCAGAGUUGUUAUGGCAGUGAAUAUCCUAGGACAAGACAUAUGGGCAAGUGAGUUCUGGAAGUCAAACAAGGUCAAACAGCCAAAAGAAGAGAACAAACUGCACACUUCUAUGGUACUUAGAGGAUAUUUUGUAUAAGCUGACAGAGUUGCAUACCCCAGUGACACUUGACCUAUUUCUAACUGGGAGAAGACUGAUAUAUUGACUAGCAUGUGAAAUAGUACUAAACACAAUGUGUGUUAGUACCACCAUUUUUUGAGACUGAUGCCCUUACUUGGAAAGUCAAGUUAUAUUGGCCUGUUUUAAAGGCUUUAUUUCUGAUGUCCUUUUCAGAUUUUUGUUUUUAUUCUUAUGACACACUAAAGUGACACAUACAUGCUGAUAUGCCCUACAUAUGGCUCAUUAUUCUUGAAACUAAUAGAUUUUCAUGAAAUGCUGUGCCGCAUUUACUGUGAGUACAGGAUUCCUACACUCAUACUAAUGUUCAGUUGUUUCCACUGUUUCUUAAUGUCUGUAUGCCUUAUUGAGAAUGCUUUUAUAAGCAUAUUCCUAAAUAUUGUGUGAACAUAACCUAGACACUUCUGAAUUCUUUGUAAUUCUGCUGCAGGUAAUGCUUCACAAGUUGGUUUGGUGUAAAAUUCAAUCAUUAUUCCAAUAUGUAAUCAUGUCUAUUCACCAGGGAAUUGCUGACCAAUUUUGAACCAAGACAAUUGGAAAUUUGGGGAUACAUCUAGUUAAAGUGAAUACAAAGUUUUACUAGUAUAGUAAAUCAUAAACCAAAGAAAACUGUUGUGUAUCAGUCUCUAGUCAUUUAGGCAAAAUUAAGUACUGUAGUGGCACUAACUGACAACUCAGAUUUCAGCAGGUUUGCAGUUAUUCUUUUGAAAAAUUUUUGUUAUUAGUUAAGCUUAAACUCCACAUGAAAAUGAGAAAAUGCCUAGCCAGGCUAGCAUUUGUUCUGCAUUAUUCACAGUUACACUGAGUUUGCAGUGUAAUGAUUCUUAUGGAACUUUCGACCAUAGGAUUGACUAAUAGCACUCUUCAUGUUUUCUGCAGACACGUUGCAUUGCGUUAAGUGUUUCAGUUGUAAUUCAAGCAUCUUCUGAUGGUAACUGUGUACCUGAAAUGACUCAGAAGUUGCAUGAGAAAUUGAAUCAGUUCUAAAAUGAAACCCUUUCACAGAAGUUUGCUUUUCUUUUCUUUAUGCAUGGUAACAACAGCAAAGGUUCUCCAGGCUAGAAGGGUGAAAUUCUGAUCCUGGUUGAAGUUUGGUUGCAGCAACAACAAUGCAACAGCAAGUCAAAAUUAUAUUUCUAAGCUGGAAUAUGAUCGAGUGUUUGCACGAUAAUGAUCUUUGUGGUGCUGAAAAAUACAUCAUGGCAAGUGAAAGCAGAUGCUACAGCAAAAUAGCAGGGAAAAAUAAAAACUCAAAUCAGUUUCAAAUCUCUGAAAAUAUGGAAUAUAGAAGGCAAAACUUUCAUUCAUUUUUGUUCAGCUUGUGUAGUUAAAAUGCUCAGCAGCUUUUUUUUUUUUAGCAAGUAGUCUGUCAGAAUUGCUUCCUUAGUUCUUGGUCUGGACUUGGCUUUGUCUCUUAAAGGAAAAAAAAAUACUUCUUGCUGUGGCACAAACCUUUUCACUUCAGGUAUUGUGAACACAAUCCAGAGCCUCUUAGGCAUGCUUGGGUCCCUAUGAAAUAAUUCAGAUUUAAAUCCUUAGAUCCCAGUUAUUUCAGGAAGCGUAUAGGAUUGCCUAACUUUCUAUGGAUUUUACCAUAUGUAUUUAUAUAGGAUUCAUGUUGACUUUCUUGGCUCAAGUUUUUGAGCAAAACCUAAAUGUGAGACUAAACACUAGCCUGCCACAAAAGGCCUUGUUUUACACAAUAUUAAUUUAAUACCCACUGUUUUAGGUGAAUGAGAUGUGUGAUUGCUGUAGGAGUGCUGUAGGCUUUAAACACCACAAACACUGCCAGCUAUGGAGGCAGUUAUUCAACUGCUAAAUGUUCCUUGUGAGGUUGGGGUUGGAGUUCAUUGUUUUCUCGUUAAAAUGUGCUGAUAGCAGGAUUCUGACUACAAAAGGAGUCCAUAAUUCUCAGUCUACAGGGAAAACACCUAUGUGGAAAGCAAUAAGUUUUCUUCAAUUUGCACCUAUCAAGUAUUUAUUGUACAAGGACAAUUUAUAUUUUUAAGUCAUUACCCACAAAUAAUGGUGAAUAUUUUUGAAUGAGAUGUUUGGGGUUUGUAUGUGCAUAAAAUUGUCUUUUGUACUGUAAGUUACUGUUUAAUUUGAUUAUCAAAACUGUCUCCUGUGCCUUUAUACUAAGGUUGUUUUUACAACUUCUUGACUCUUAAUAAAAAAAGUAUAAAAACCCCA